GCAGCCGCACGGGCAUCUCCGCGGCGGCCUCGGCGGUUUCAGCUGCCAGGCCCGGGCGGUAGCGCGGCGGGGACGGCGCGUUCCCUCGUGCUUCGCUUCGCCUCGCCUCGCCCCGCCAAUCCCGCCGCCGGGGCGGGGCGCCGGCACAGCGGUGACAUUGAGGGGCGCCGGGCAGGUUUGAGCUGAGGCGAACUGCGCCAUGUGGUGCCGCGCUGCUAGGGCUGUUAAACUGCUGGGAAGAAAUACUCCCUCGGUUGUGAUGACUAACGGAGUGGUUCCGAAGAUAAACAGGAGGCUUUGCAUUAAACCCCAGAAAGAAAGUACACCUCAGCCAAGUCGGCCUACUUUGCGGGUGCCUGGACACAAGCCUACAGACUGGGAGAAAAGAUUUUUGUUGUGGGCAGGCCACUUCAAAACACCAGAGGAAAUACCAGAGACCGUCUCGAUUGAAACAAUCAGAGCAGCAAAAACCACACUGCGUGUGAAGUUCAGCUAUGUCAUGAUCGCCUUGACUAUACUGGGAUGCAUAAUCAUGGUGAUUAGAGGGAAGCAGGCUGUAAAGAGGCAUGAAUCUCUUACAAGCAUAAACCUGGAGAAGAAAGCUCAAUGGAGAGAGCAAGGUGCUCCAAGUACAUCUGACAAACCUUAGAGGAUGAAAUGAAGAGGCCAACGACUGGGGAGGAAACGCUCAGUCUUUUUCAGCACGGGUGGACACAGUCACAUCUUUCCUGUAUGUUAGUUCUGUACAUUCACGUUCAAGAAAGAAUGAAUACAUUACCCUGUGAUAAUAAAACCAGAAAUAUGUAUUUUCUUUUCCUAACAA